AUGACAACUAUUACCACUGAAGAACAGCACUUCCAAAGGGUCUUACAGUAUAGAAGCUAUAUAUCGGCUACAAUAUCAACCACAGAGAUUGAAUCUUUGAAUUGGUUGAAAGCACUAUACCAAACAUCAUGGAAUGUACCAACCAUAUGUUCCAAUGGAAUAGGAAUUAAAUGUACUCCUGAUGGAAAUAUUUUGUCAAUAGAAUCUUUUUGUUUAACCUUUACUUUACAAAUACUACUACAACUACAUAGAUUAUUAGAUGCAGCCGCUUACAGUUCGACAACUUCUGGAAUAUCAACUACUACUCAAUCGACUGGAUCAUCGGGAACACCAGCCUCUACAGUAGGAUCAACUGGAGCAUCGACAUCACAGGCAACCUUAUCAACUGGUGCCACUGAUGGAUCUACCGAUGGAUCAACUGGAGCCUCUACAUCACAGGCAACCAUGUCAACUGGAACGACUGACGGAUCUACCGAUGCAUCUACAAUAGGAUCAACAGGAGCAUCAACAUCACAAGCAACCAUGUCAACUGGAUCAACUGACGGAUCUACUGAUGGAUCAACAGGAGUCUCGACAUCACAAGGAACCACGACAUCUGGAACAAUAGGAUCUACUGCAGCAUCCUCCACUGCAGGAUCAACAGGAGCAUCAACAUCACAAGCAACCCAGUCAAGUGGUACAGCAGCUGGAUCUACUGGAACAUCAAGUGGAUCGUCAACAUCGCAGGCUACUGCAGAUUCAACCACUACAGGACCUCAAACAACUACCAAAGUAACAAGUGAAUCGAUUGAUGUAUUAGACCCAAUCCCACUCCCAAGUGUUUACGAAGCUUUUAAUGUAUACAGUCAACCAAGUACUCCAGUCAACCUCCCAGUACUCACCUUUGGUACACUCGAUUUCCCAUUCCUCACAAAUUUGACCAUCCUCGGAACAAUCACUCCAGCAGUCACUGAUGUUAAUAUUCUACAGUACAUUUCAUCACUCAAUGCACUCGUAUAUGUUCGUAUCAAUAAUCAACCAUAUGUUGCCGAUUUCUCUAGUUUCCCUUCAAGUGGUCAAACUCUACUCAAAUACCUUAUGGUAGAUGCUGGUAUUCCUUUAUCUAUUUGGUCAAGUACAAUGCUAGAGACAAUUAAAUUAUCAGGAAAUAGAUUAGGAUUGUCAUCAACUGCAACAUCCAAUUCCAUUCGUUUCGCUGAAAUUGACUUUUCAUCUGGUGGAGGUACCUUUAAUAUUGGAGGAUUAAUGUCAACUUUAACAGUUGGUGAUUUUGGUUUCUACGUACAUAUUAAUAACAUUAUACUUGAUAGAAUUCAAAGCUUAACUUUUAGAUCAUUACUUGUUGGUACUAGAAUUGAACUUGGAUUCCAAAUUAAUGUUCCUACCAGUUUAUUCUAUUUUUCAGCAUAUAAUUGUAAACUUGUAACACCACUUCCAUCAACUGUAACAGCUUUACAAUCAGUUGAAUUAUACGACGUAACCUAUGAUAAUCCAGCCACACUCUAUUUAACAACUAUUCCAUUUUCUCUUAUUCAUUACUCUGAAAAGAAUGGAGUUGCCCAAGCAUUACCAUCAACUGUUAAUAAUGUUGCUACAUUUAAUGUAAAUUCAAAUCCAAAUUUCAGUCCAUCAUUUACAUAUCCGUUAUGUACAGUUAGAACAAUUGAUGCAAGAUCAACUGGUUUGACAGCUGCAGCUAUUGACAAUUGUUUUGUAUGCUAUUCUAAUCAAUUUGACAUGAGACCAUGGUUUGACUUUGACAUUACCUUUAAUCCAAGUCUUUGUGCAUCCUAUUUGACACUUAGUGCCACACAGUUUAUGGUUGGUCGCGACGGUGGAGUGAUCACACUAGAAGGAACGGGUAUGGGUUGGGGUGUCGGAUCAGGCGUGUACCCCGAUUUGACAUGUGUUGUGCCAAACAAAAAGUUCCUCCUUGCCGUACCAGCCUACGCAGGUGUCCAAACACUCACACUUAACUUGGGAUUCUCAGCGACCAUGAAAAAGGCAAUUACCAUUACCUAUGGUGUCCCCAAGAUCAGCUCAGUCGAGUUUAUCCAGGGAGCUGGGUUAUUGACCGUUGUUUUAAACGGAACCUUUUUCGAAAACCCAGCAUUUACUGUGGGUGGAGUAUCGUGCUCUAUCACAGUCUAUGGAGUCAAUACUGGUGUGCCAACAUCGUACCAAUGCACACUGCCACAGGAUUUCAAGGAGGGGUAUACAUUGAUUGUUGCUAGUGGCAAUGUCUAUGGAAAUGACAGUCGUAUAUUCUACUAUUUGCGUUCAUAUCCUUUAGUUACAUCGACCAGCGAAGUACCGUCCAACGGAGGUAUACUCACGUUGUACGGACGAUUCAUUGUGGGUGCUGGCAAGGUCGUCAAAGAUCUACCCAUCUCACACGACCUCCCAACCACGACCCCAAUUACCAUCAACCCUGCGUCAUCGACCCUUGCUCAGCUCGGCGUCCAAAGUGUCUCGUCUAAUCUAGGUAUCCCAACCGUUACAGUCGGCGGAAACCCAUGUACCAACGUAAUGUAUGAUGCUACGCAACUCAACUGCACACUCGACAAGGAUACCCGUGGACCCAAGGAGAUUGUGGUCACCAUCGACACUUACACGUUCCGUUCCAAGGGACUGUUCUUUUUGGGCAUGUUUGACGCUCCCACAUGUCCAAGCGCCUGUCCCGCACACUCGACUUGCGACACUACCAAGGGCACAUGUGUAUGCGACACUGGGUACGCCGGCCCGACCUGUGCAGUCGAGGUCAAGCCCGACGCACCCAACGCAACCAUCGAAGCGUCUCCGGUCAAGCCAGACACGUCGAUCAGCACGCCAAGCGGGUCGCUGCUCGACAUUCAAAUCGUCGGUAUUGCCGAGAUUGACCUCGAUGGCGCUGUCGUCGUUGAAAUCCCUCUCUCUGGCGAAUGGGACAACCGCACCACCACAACAUCCUCGGCCAACACGACCCACUCGUACUUGGCAACCAACAUCUAUGGCAACGCAACCGUCCAAGCGCAGUUGAUCGCAUUCCACGCAUCCUCGUCGGUCGAGUUUGCCGGCAAGACCGACACCUAUGAGUCGGGCUCGCUCAAGGUGCAGCUCGGCAUCUACGACUGGCCAUUUGUUGCAUCAACCAACACUCUCCGCGUCAUUAUCCAUUCGGCAACCGGUCUGACCGACGCAGCUGCAGAGUCGCGUUGCACAGACGCAGUCCAAUCGUCUGAUGUAGGUGUCGACGAGUUUGACUCUGUCAACUACCUCGUCAUGACAAUUGACACGAUUGCCUAUUACGGUCGUUUCAUUGAUCGAUCACUCUCUGACGGUAGACCCGCCUACUCACCCGUAUCUGUCCUCAACAAGACCGACGGUGCUGCAUUCCUCUCUAUCAGUCUUCCACAUUGCGUAGUUGCCUGUGUUCUCGAUCCCGACUUUUCCAUCCUCUUGACCAACAAGGACGAGGACGAUGGAUGUUCAGACAGCAACUCUCGAGCAUGGGUCAUCCCUGUUGCCGUCGUCGUUCCAUGUGUAGUCGUAGCUGCUGGAGUAGCCACCUUUUUUGCUGUCAAGCGUCGUUUCUAUGUUAGUCGAUCAGGUCUCUCUGUCAAGAUCAUUUCAAGAGGUAAAUCACAACGUUCCAUUUCAAUGAAGGUUCCCUAUAGUAGUCCAUAA